GUCUAUAAGACUGAUAUAUGUAAAUUAGCUCUGUUCAGAUUGGUUGUCCUGUAUUGCACCUCAUUCAAAAAGCAGUCUAGGUGAAACACUCCAAGUGCCAAAGGGUGGAGCUACAGUGCUGUAGUAAUUAGCUGAUGAGCUGAAUCAGGUGUGUUUAAUGAGGCAGUGAGUUGGAGUCUGCAGUGUUUUGGCCUGUGAGGACUAGAGCGCACAGAAGACAGGAAACAAACUUGUGUUUUUCUAGCUGUAUUCUUCUAACUAAGAUAUUAAUAACUUUUAAUGAAAAUUAAAGAAAAAAAUGUUUUAUGCUUAUUGGUUUUUAUUUAUUCUAACGAUGUAUUCUAAUGAGUUUUGACUGGUAAAAACACAAUAUCCAGAUAAAUAGUUCAAAUCAAUUUUAUUGCUGCUCUUGACUUGUGAAAAGUCCAAGUCUGACUUCUGACUUUGAACCAGUUCAGUAGAAUGAUCCAUAUAUCAUUGUAAAUGGCUUUACUUUUACUAUCAAAGUACACUUCAACUAAUGCCUUGUGUUUGAUUUCAUUUUAUUGGCACUUUAGACCCAAAAAGUGAAGAACAGAGCCUAACCAGUGAUGGGUUACUGACCGAGCCAUUUAAGGCCAGAGCCCAGGGACCUCUGACUGCCAGGGGUUCAAGGUGGCCCAAAUAAAUGAGAUUCUGUUUCCAGGCAACUCAUGUUUCAUACUAGUAUUGACUCAUGGGAUAUUGCUGUUGCCAUUCAAAUGGGCAUGUGAGGUUGAGUGAUGCAGGGUGGGGUGUGAAGGAUAGUAGCACUCUAGGAACAAAAUACAAGUCUGAAGACAGACUCAGUAGCAAAAGUUCAACUCCGAGGAACAACCAGAGAACCCCCUUGCACUCACUUUUGGUGCUUGAAUAUUGAAAGCCCCCUCGCUAGAGUCUAGGCUAUACCAUUUUGGUUCUGAAGAUCUCCCCCUUAUACACAUUGACACCAUAGUUCAGAAAACAAAUGUACAUUAAAAAAAUGUACAUGUUCUCUACUUGUGUGCUCCUCCCUUUCAGGACUGCCGUGGAUCCUGCUGACGCUUAGAAGAGGAUACACACAACAGUGCCACCCUUCAAACAGACACCCAGUAUGGCUCGACGGGUGGCUGUGAUCGGAGCAGGCAACGCUGGACUGGCCUGCAUUAAAUGCUGCCUGGACGAAGGGCUGGAGCCAGUGUGUUUCGAAAGCAGUGAUGACAUCGGAGGACUCUGGAGGUUUAAGGAGAAACCAGAGGCUGAGCGCUCCAGUAUUUACCGCUCGCUGGUGGUGAACACCUCCAAAGAAAUGAUGUGUUUCAGCGAUUUUCCCAUGCCAGCACACUACCCAAACUACAUGAGCCACUCCCAGCUGCUGCAGUACUUCAGACUCUAUGCUGAUCACUUUGACCUGCUCAAACACAUUCACUUCCAGACCACAGUGCGCAGUGUGAGGCAGAGGCAUGACUUCUCUCAGUCCGGUCAGUGGGAGGUGGUAACUGAGAGCAGCGAUGGCCACAAAGAAACACACGUGUUUGACGCUGUGUUUGUGUGUUCUGGGAACUUCACACAUCCAGUCACACCUAACUUUCCUGGCUUAGACACUUUCCCAGGGAAAUGCUCCCACAGCUGGGAAUAUAAGGAUCCUGAUGCAUUCCAUGGAAAAAAAGUGGUGAUUAUUGGCAUUGGCAACUCUGGAGGAGACAUUGCUGUUGAGAUCAGUAGAGUAGCUGAGAAAACUUUUCUGAGUAUUCGUGAAGGAGCGUGGGUGGUGGGCCGUAUGGGCAGCAGUGGCCUGCCCAUGGACAUGAUGUUGCUUAGACGUGCGAGUGUCAAGCUGCUCCAACUGCUUCCUCGAACAUUGCUUAACUGGGUAUUGGAGAGUGCUUACAACCAGAAAUAUGACCACAGGCUAUACGGACUGCAGCCCAGCUACAGGAUUCUGGACCGACAACUCAUCAUAAAUGAUGACCUGCCAGUACGUAUCCUCCAGGGGGCACUGCAGGUGAAACCGAACAUACAAGAGUUCCGCGGCUCAACUGUUGUAUUUGAUAAUGGGGCAAUAGAGGAAGGGAUUGAUGCGGUGGUCUUCUGUACAGGAUUCAAAGCUACCUUCCCAUUUUUACCACCCUCCGUAACUAACAGUCCUGAGGGGGAACUGACCCUCUUCAAAAGAGUCUUCCCUCUGUUCCUAGAGCGUCCAACACUGGCAAUCAUUGGGCUACUAUCCCCCAAAGGAUCCGUAAUGCCUGUGGAGGAGAUGCAGGCACGGUGGGCCACCAGAGUCUUUGCAGGGCUGAACCAUCUACCUCCUUUGGCAACAAUGUGUAAGAUUAUUAAAAGAGAAAUGAAAACAAAAAUGGCCAGAAAUUCUAAUCCCAAGAGAGCUGCUCUUGAGGAGGACUAUGUCCCUUACAUGGAUUCCAUUGCACAGGAAGUGGGCGUGUGUCCCAGCCUCCUUUGGCUGUUCUUAACAGAUCCUGGUUUGGGUUGGAGGGUUAUGUUUGGUCCUGUAACCCCAUAUCAGUACCGGCUGUGUGGGCCAGGCCGCUGGGAGGGGGCUCGCCAGGCUAUCUUCACCCAGUGGGAGCGUGUGGUCCAGCCCCUGAAUACACGCCCCAUUCCUGAGCCCAAAUCCUCUGGCCUAACUCGCUGGCUGGGUCUGACAGGAGGGGCUGUGUUAAUUUUUGCUGUCAUUGUAUUUCAAUGGCAAAUUCCAAGGUUCUAGGAAUCAGGUUGCAUAGAUGGCCUCCUCUGUCACCUGCUAAUAGUGCUGUAUCGUGGUGGAGCGAAGUGUGAUGUAAGUCAGUGGAACCGGGCUCUUUUUGGUAGUUCAAUUAGUCUGUUGCUGCUGUCAAAACAAAACUAGUAGCUCCGUUUUUGGUUUUCGACUUGCCUGUUGCUCUUUGUGUGCAAAUUUCAUGAUGAAUGGGCCAAAAGAAAUGACCCUAAAUUACUUGGAAAAAGUCUGGUUCCAUUGACUUACAUUAAAAGUAAAGUAGGUUUUUUCCUUCUCCUGUAAAGUUACAAUUUUGGAGAUACGAGAUUUUGCUCUGACAGCAGCAAUAUAUUAUCAUACUGUAUAUUGUUCCUAGAAAAUGUAGAUGAUUUUGGACAUACUGCGUUUAUAAUGUAUAUUAGCAUCCCUGUUAUAAGAAUAGUAAACAGUUCUGAAAUUUACUUUAUUUCAAUCUCCUAUCAUGAAAAACGUUUUGCACAUUUAUAUUUGGAGUAAAUUAACUUUUGUGUAAAUAUAAGGCUUUUAUACUAAAUACAUUAUAACGCAUAUUUCCACAAUUCGUUGCAGUGACAUUUUGACUGAUGAUAGAUUUUAUCUACACUGUGUUUAAAAUAAAGAAGUGGUGCUUCUGGAAAAACGACAAACAUUGCCUCAACCUUUGGCCUAAAGAGUAACAGCAACCUUAUCACCCCAGUUAGAUCUGUUAUAAAGAUCAUCUCUAAUCUUUAUAGACAGGCAUUGUUUCUAGAUGCAAUCUAGGUAAAAGGGCAUCCUAAGGUAUGAUCAUGAACAGGGACAGAUCAUGGUCUUCCAGAGCUCCUUUAGUCUUUAGAGGCCCCCUGCACUCCAACAAUUACAUGUAAUAAAUGAAAAUAAUGAUGACCAAAAUAUAAAGGCUUUUAAUAUUUAAAGUUCUAUUGUGUGUUGUAACAGUGUUUGUAUAAUAUGUGGGUUGUUUUGGAUUUAAUUUAAAUUGAGAUUUUUUUUCUUUGUCUUUCAAGCCAAACUGAGUCAUACACACUAAACAACAUUGCAUGCGCAAUAAUAACUAAAAACAGAAAAUAUAUCUUCAUUUAAUUCAUUUAUUUAUGCAAGGGAUGUCUGAGUGUCUUAUGUUUACAUCUGCACUGGACUACCCUAAGUAUUUGUCCUACUUGAGUCUUGUGGCUUGAGGCCUCCCCGAGGUCCCUGGGCACUGGCUCACCUGGGGCUCCAUACCUGGGCUUGAAUGACAAAGAAACUAUUUUCUUAUGAAAGUACACUCAAAACGCAUCUCUCUGAAAGAUCAUACCACAUCAUGAAAUGUCAAACCAGCACCAAGGAGCAGGUUUGUCCAUCCAGGAGGUCAUGAAGAUAAAAAGGGUUUCACAUAUUUCUUAUGUUGCAACAGUAUUAAAGAAACCAUAUAAUUGAAAAAAAAAAAUCCUCUUUUUUUUUUUUUAAAUAACAUAGCAUUUUUUGUAAAAAAUACCAUCCACUCCCCAGUCCAUAAUCCAUAUACAGAAAUCAAGCUCCAAAAACAGCCGUUUUGAAUUUAUUGUUGCGAUGUCACAAAAACCAGUGUAUUUACAUGUAUCCACCUUUUCAGCCUAUAGCAGUUUAGCCACACCCAUUCACAGUGAAGUCAGUGUUUCGAUCAGGACUGCUUUUUGAAUGACGUUCUUUACAGGACACUCAAUCACAGCAGAGGUAAUUUACAUAUCACUGUUCUCUGAAGAAAACCUUGUAUCUCCACUUUUGAUGUUUUUUAGAUUUUGGCAUAAUUUGAAAAUACCCGUUG